UGGUUACUCACGGCGUCUUUGUCAAGAACGUUGUUUCGUCGCUGAUGAAGUUUUUGCUAAAUACGGCAGUGAAAAUGUUGUUUUCUAAAAGCUAAUAAAUUAAUAACCUGUAGUGUCUUGUAUACAAGACAAUCGUGCGAAGCGUUGAUCGUUCAAUGUUUUUUGAGCACGACUCCCAAGAUGGCUGAUAUUAAGUCAAUGUUCAAUAGAAUGAGCAAUGGCACUCAGAAUGGUACAUCAGAGGCUGCCAAGGGCCAGAAAGGUGCUAUUGAAAAAAUAUAUCAGAAGAAAUCGCAAUUGGAACAUAUACUGUUACGACCCGACACUUACAUAGGGUCGGUUGAACGUUCCACAGAAACAAUGUGGGUCUAUGAUAAAGAGAAAGAGUGUAUGGUCCAACGAGAAUUGACAUAUGUACCAGGUUUAUAUAAAAUAUAUGACGAAAUAUUAGUGAACGCUGCUGAUAAUAAGCAAAGGGAUCCUAAAAUGGAUGUCAUCAAAAUAGACAUUAAUCAAGAACAAAAUACAAUAUCAGUAUAUAACAACGGAUGCGGGAUCCCUGUGGUUAUGCACAAGGAUGAGAAAAUGUUUGUGCCCACCAUGAUCUUUGGACAUUUAUUGACAUCUUCCAACUACAAUGACGAGGAAGAGAAAGUGACAGGAGGAAGAAAUGGAUAUGGAGCAAAACUAUGUAACAUCUUCUCAACAAAGUUCACAGUGGAGACCGCAUCCAAACAAUACAAGAAACACUUCAAGCAGACAUGGGGUUCCAACAUGACAAAGGCCUCGGAACCCAAAGUUAAGGAGUCCGGUAAAGAUGACGAUUUUACAAAAGUGACUUUUAGCCCUGAUUUGGCUAAAUUUAAAAUGGAUAAGUUAGAAGACGACAUCGUAGCGUUGAUGUCACGGAGAGCCUACGACGUGGCCGCCUCUACGACGGGGGUCAAAGUUUAUCUUAAUGGAGAAAGAUUGAAAAUAAAUAAGUUCAAGGACUAUAUCGAUCUAUACAUUAAAGGCAAAGAGGACGAGAACGGCCAACCCCUGAAGGUUGUAUACGAGAAAGUUAACGACCGGUGGGAAGUGGCUCUGACUCUAUCCGACAGGGGCUUCCAACAAGUGUCCUUCGUGAACUCCAUCGCCACGACGAAAGGAGGCAAACACGUCGACACUGUAGCCGACAGUGUGGUCAAGAAUGUAUUAGAAGUACUGAAGAAAAAAAACAAAGGCGGCGUUAACAUCAAACCGUUCCAGGUUAAAACUCACAUGUGGGUAUUCAUAAAUUGUCUGAUCGUCAACCCGACCUUCGACUCACAGACCAAAGAAAACAUGACUCUGCAGGCCAAGAGUUUCGGUUCCAAAUGUAAUUUCUCCGAGAAGUUUAUAAAUGCGGUGACAAAAUCCGGUUUAGUAGAAUCUGUCCUCACGUGGGCCAAGUUCAAGGCGCAGAAUGAAUUAGUUAAGGCGUCUGGAAAGAAACAGAGUAAGUUAAAGGGCAUACCGAAACUAGAAGACGCUAAUGACGCGGGUACCAAGAAUGCUCAUCUAUGCACGUUAAUCCUCACCGAGGGAGAUUCGGCCAAAACUUUAGCCGUUUCUGGACUUAGCGUAGUCGGUAGGGAUCAUUACGGCGUCUUCCCACUGAAGGGUAAACCGCUCAACGUUAGAGACGCAUCACACAAGCAGGUUCUUGAAAAUGUUGAAAUUAAUAAUUUAAUUAAGAUCGUAGGCUUACAGUACAAGAAGAAAUAUAACACUGUGGAUGACUUGAAGUCGUUGAGGUACGGCAAGGUGAUGAUUAUGGCGGAUCAGGAUCAAGACGGGUCUCAUAUAAAAGGUCUCAUCAUUAACUUCAUACACCACAACUGGCCGGAGUUACUCAAACUACCGUUCCUAGAGGAAUUCAUUACGCCCAUAGUGAAAGCUACGAAGAAAGAUAAGGAAUUCUCAUUCUAUUCCCUGCCAGAGUUCGAAGAGUGGAAGAGGGAAACCGACAACCAUCACACUUACAAUAUCAAAUACUACAAAGGUUUGGGUACCUCCACAUCCAAGGAGGCUAAAGAAUACUUCCAGAAUAUGGACAGGCAUAGGAUCAGAUUCAGAUACAGCGGGCCCACGGACGAUCAUCACAUCGAACUGGCCUUCUCAAAGAAAGGCGCCGACCAACGCAAGGAGUGGCUCACGAAUCAUAUGGACGAAGUUAAAAGGAGGAAGGAGAUCGGUCUACCGGAAAGAUAUUUAUAUACCAAGGAGACUAAAGCCGUCACUUAUUCAGAUUUCGUCAAUUUAGAGCUGGUUCUCUUUUCUAACGGCGACAAUGUCAGAUCCAUACCAUCAAUGAUGGAUGGUCUGAAGCCUGGCCAGCGUAAGGUGAUAUUUACGUGCAUCAAACGUAACGACAAACGAGAGGUCAAAGUGGCUCAGCUGGCUGGUUCCGUAGCAGAGCACUCGGCGUACCAUCACGGUGAACAGUCCCUGGCUAUGACGAUCGUUAACCUGGCCCAGAACUACGUGGGAUCAAACAACAUAAACCUGCUGGAACCGCGCGGUCAGUUCGGUACGAGGCUCUGUGGCGGCAAGGACUCGGCCAGCCCGAGAUACAUCUUCACGCUCAUGUCGCCACUCACGAGACUAGUCUUCCAUCCUCAUGACGAUCCGCUGCUAGUGCACGAAUUCGAAGACAAUCAGAAGAUCGAACCCAUACAUUACGUACCAAUCCUGCCCAUGGUCCUAGUGAACGGUGCUGAAGGGAUCGGUACAGGGUGGUCCACUAAAAUACCAAACUACAAUCCGAGAGACAUUGUAGCUAAUAUCCGUCGAAUGCUUGAUGGCGAAGAUCCAGUGCCAAUGCAUCCCUGGUACAAGAACUUCCGCGGAACUAUCGAGAGCUUCGGCGACAAAUACGUCAUUUCCGGCGAGGCGGCCAUUUUGCCAAACGAAAAGAUUGAAAUCACAGAGCUUCCUGUUGGCACUUGGACGCAGAAUUAUAAGGAGAACGUGCUAGAGCCUAUGCUCGGUACAGACAAAGUUAAACCUUUGAUAUCCGAAUACAGGGAAUAUAACACGGACACGACGGUGAGGUUCGUAGUGACCUUGCUGCCGGGCAAGCUGGCCGAGGUGGAGGCGGAGGGCAUACACAAGGUGUUCAAACUGCAGACUACGAUAUCAAUGACGUGCAUGAACGCGUUCGAUCACAACAACUGUCUCAAGAAGUAUGAUAAGGUAGAGGAAGUGCUACACGAGUUCUACGGCAUUCGUCUACGUUACUACGCUCGCCGUAAGGAAUGGCUAGAGGGUCAGCUGCAGGCGGAGGCGGACAAGCUCUCCAACCAGGCCAGGUUCAUACUGGAGAAGUGCGACAAGGGACUCGUCGUGGAGAAUAAGAAGAGGAAGGUUCUGGUGGAAGAACUCAUCAAGAGAGGAUAUGCGCCCGAUCCUAUCGCUGAUUGGAAGAAACGAGCGAGUAAAAUGCAGGGAUUGACCGCCGUGGAAGAGGAACCGGAGUCCGAGGAGGAGUUGGAACAAGAGGAAGUGAAGGGGAAAUCAGCUGAUCCUGAAAAAGUGUUCCAGCAACUGAAGGAAGUAAAGAAAUUCAACUAUCUCCUGGGAAUGUCCAUGUGGAUGUUGACCAAGGAGAAGAAAGACGAGCUGCUCAAACAACGAGAUCAAAAACUCACGGAGCUGGAAACGCUGAAAGCGAAGACCCCGGCCAUGCUGUGGCGAGAGGAUCUGGAUUCCUUCCUCAUUAAACUCGACGAGGUGGAAGAACAAGAGCGACUCGACGAGAGCAACACGAACAAGAAAACAUCAAAGGCAUUGGCCGCGAACAAAAAGAAUCGCAAAUCGAUAAUGGAUAUAGUGCCUUCCGACAACGGCAGACGAGUGGAGCCGAAGAUAUCAGAAGAUCUCAUCAAGAGGAUACAAGCGGCGGAGAAGGCGAAGAUAAAGAAGGAGGUCAAGAAGGAAUACGACCCGGACGAUCCGACCGGCGUGAGUCCCGCCAGCGGAGAGAAGAAGCCGAAGGGACGAGUGAAGAAGGAGAAACCUGAGAAAACGGAAAAGACAGAUAAACCCGAUAAAGAGGGUCUCAAACAAACCAAAUUAACGUUCAAGAAGGAGCCCAAAAAGAAGAAGGCUGCUCUUAGUAACGAUAGUUCCGACGAAAUGUCCGUAACAUCGGACGUGGAGAUAACGUCCGCGCCCGCGCCCAGAGACAGGACGAUCGUCAGAAGAGCCGCUACUAAGGUACAAAAGUACAAGGACGGUUCGGACGAGUCGUCGGAUUCAGAGCCAGAGCUGCUAGACAACAAGAUCGACUCUGAUAGAGACGUUCCCGAACCGAUGUCCGACGACGAUUUCACCGUCAAGAAAAAUAAUAAGAAACCUGCUGAAAUGGACUCCGAUUGUCUAUUCGAUUCGUUAAUCGAGGACACCAAGAAGGAGGAGUCGGCGAAAAAUAAUGAACCGAUACCAACAACGGUCCUGUCGAGUGACGACGAUUCAGUUCAAGAAACUGCUCCCAAGAAGAAGCAGACCAAGAGGAAGUUGAUGAACGUCGAGAAAGAGAAGCCUAAAGCGAGGAAGAGGCCGGCCAAGGUGGUGUUCAGCCAGAGCACGGACGGGGAGGACGAGGAGGCCUUCGAGACUAAAAAGACAAAGAAGAAGGCCAAUCCGAAAAAACGACAGAAGAAAGCCGACUCGGACAGCUCUUGCGAAGAAAUUACUCGCGGGAGAGAUAAGGACAAGGUGUACCGCUUCAGCGACGGAUCCGACAGCGAUCUAUAAGGAUCUAUAGAUCAUAGAUCACUCUAAUGUACUGUUGUAUAAGAUCGGACUAUUCAUGUCGCAUGGAUGUUCUGUGUAAAUAUUCGUCUAGAUGUAAGAAUUUCUGACAAGUAUUUUAAUAUUAAUAUUUUGUAAGUUUCUUUUAAAGAAGAAUCUUUUAAAGCCAACGCUCACUUCGACGUAGUUAAGUUAACUACCCGCGGGGUUGUAGAGCCCGUUUUUAAUACAAAGUUAUAUGACUGGUUUUAUUUUCUUAUCAACUUUUAUCGUUGGGACGCGUUUGUUUCAUGGAUUAUGAAAUAUAUAUAAUGUAUAGUGUGUGCGUCACGUCCGGUACGGGACUGCUCAAGGAUGACGUCAUUAUUUACACUAACUUAAUAUAUUUUAGACAAGUGUAAAUAAUUCUAAAUUUUAUAUCACCUUUCUCUUCCUGUGUGUUCCUUGUUUGUGUUGUUUUUCGUUAUUUUCCUUUUCCUGUCAACGUAGCUUUACUCCCGGCCAAUCUUAUUGCAGCAUUCGUCUCAUUCGAUGUUUUGUUUGACAUUCAACAACUCUCAUUCCAUAAUUAUUAAUAGAAUUAAAUAUUUUGUUAUCAAUCGGCGUCUAUGAAUGUACUAUGAUUUGUUACUUUAUUCCGUCGUUGUAAUUUUUUACGUAAACAUUGUCGUAAUUAUAAUAUUGUAAUUUGUAAAUAAAUUAUACUUUUACAAG